CUGGGCUGACGCGCAGGAUCCGUGCUUCCUCCCGGCACGGCCAGGGCUCCGGGUGCGAGGCGGGGUGUGCGCCCACGGCGUCGGGGAAGAUGCCAGUCCCGCGCGUGGUGUGGCUGUUGGGGUGCGCGCUCCUGCUGGCGACCUUGGCCUCCGGGAGUGACGCAAACGCAGGGACCAACAGAACCUCCAAGGGGCGCAGUCUGAUUGGCCGGCACCCCAACUCCCCAGCAGUCCCCGGGAGGAGCGCCUCGGUGCAGCCGGGCCUCUCUGUGGACGAGUUCUCCCAGUCGGUGCUCACAGGGAAGCUGACCACCGUCUUCCUCCCGAUAGUGUACACGCUAGUGUUUGCGGUGGGCUUGCCAAGCAACGCCAUGGCCCUGUGGGUCUUCCUGUUCCGCAGCCAGAAGAAGCACGCGGCGGUCAUCUACAUGGCCAACCUGGCCGCGGCUGACCUGCUGUCGGUGUUCUGGUUUCCCCUCAAGGUCGCUUACCACCUGCGCGGCAAUGACUGGGUCUACGGCGAGGCCCUGUGCAGGGUGCUGGUGGCUUUCUUCUACGGCAAUAUGUACUGCUCCAUCCUCUUCAUGACCUGCCUCAGUGUGCAGCGCUACUGGGUCAUCGUAAACCCCAUGCUGCACCCCGGCCGCGCCGCCCGUGUGGCCCUUGGCGUCUCCCUGGGUGUCUGGCUGCUCGGCCUGCUGCUCACCAUCCCACUGUAUGUGGUGCGGCAGACCGUGUACGUCCCGGCCCUGAACAUCACCACCUGCCACGACGUGCUGCCUGAAGAGGUGCUGGUGGGCGAUAUGUUCAGCUACUUCCUCUCACUGGCCAUUGGCGCCUUCCUCUUCCCAGCCGUGCUCACAGCCUCGGCCUACGCGCUCAUGAUCCGGACGCUGCGCUCCUCGGCCAUGGACGAGGCCUCAGACCGCAAGAGGCGGCGGGCUGUGCGCCUGGUGAUCACCGUGCUGGCCAUGUACCUGCUCUGCUUCACGCCCAGCAACCUGCUGCUAGUGGUGCACUACUUCCUCAUCCGCACUCGGGGCCAGAGCCAUGUCUAUGCGCUCUACCUCGUGGCCCUCUGCCUGUCCACGCUCAACAGCUGUCUCGACCCCUUCGUCUACUACUUUGUCUCACAGGAAUUCCGUGACCACGUGUGCCACGCGCUCCAGUGCCGCAGCGUGCGCACGGUGAAGCGCAUGCAGGUCUCACUCAGCUCCCAGAAGGUCUCACGCAAGUCUAGCUCCUACUCCUCCAGCUCAACCAGUGUCAAGGCCUCCUACUGAGCCUGCAUGGCUGCAAGAGGUGGAUGUGGAGGCGUGAGCGUGGGCCUGACACACACUUCUCAGGACAUGGGCAAGCCGCCCUGACUGACAUGGAGACCUGGCUGCCUGCUUAAACUGUCAUGUUUCACGUCCGAGGUCAGUUGUGGCGUUGCUCCCUCAGUCUGAGGCCG